GUGCCCAGGCUGGCCUGGGUGGAGGAGGAGAAAGGCACUGAGGAUGCCCCAGCGUGGCAGCCUGAUGAGGUGGAGGAGGUCCAGCCGCUGCAGGCGGGUGAGUGGCUGAGCUGGGCCACGGAGCCAGUGGCUGCAGCCGGCUUGGCCCCAUCCCAUCCCCUGUGGACAUCCCCAGCGAAAGAGGGGAAGAAGGGACGGGGCCGUUCCCCAUGGCCGGGCGCCGGCCACGCUCCAUCCACUGGGCACCCCCAGCCCCAACCUGCGGGCAGAGAGAUGGGGGUCAGAGUCCCCAGCAGCCCCUGUCCUGGGGCUGGCCCUGCCUGGGGAGCGCAGGGCUCGGCUGUGUUCUCCAGCCUCUCCUGCAGCCCCUCAGCUCUGCUUGUGCUCGGUCUUUGCCAGAUCCAGACUGGAACCUGCCAGAAGAGCAGGAACACGCCCGGGCCCUCUUCCACAGCAGCGCACAGAGGUUUUGGGAAUCCCUCAAGCCCUCUGAGCGUGAAGACGCCACCAUCGCGGCCGUCGAGGGCAUGGCAGACUCGGACUCCUAUAAUGCGGAGGCUUGUGCUGCCAUGCUGGAUGUGCUUGUGGAAAGCGACGCCUCCAGACUGCAGCAUGUGCCGAGCAUCGUGAGGUGCAUCUACCGGUGGCUCAUGUCCAACACGCAUGUGUCUGCUGAGCACAGGCUGGACAACAGCCUUCUGGAGCUGACCCACGCACACCCCCAUGACGUGGCGGUGACCCUCCUGUGCUGUGCCCCAUCGUGCGACAGAGCUGCUGCGACCAUGUGGAGGGUGAUGGUCUCCAGGAGCAGGACUGCAGAGCAGGUGCUGCGGGAGCUGGUCUGCGUGCUGGAGGACUGGCCGCUGCACAGCACAUGCACCUCCGAUGGGGACAGCGCAGAUGCAACCAGGGUGCUGCAGGAGAUCCUCCAGCUGCCCGGGUGCCCACAGAGGUUGAACGUGCUUUUCCCCCGCAUCUUCCUGGCUCUGCUCUUCCAAAUUUUCUUUGCCACACAGCAGAUGCCAGAGGAGGUCGAUACCUUCUGGAGGGGAUGCCAGCAGGAAGGCUGCCCUCCCACCAGCCCCAGCAGAUUUGCAAUGCUGACCGUGAAAGCACUGCUCUGCCGUCUUCAGUAUGACAAUAUGGUGUUUGAAGUCGAACGUAAGCGUGGCUGGGACACGCUCCUCAGUGCUGAGACCUACCAUUGUGCAAUGGGUCUGCUGGCCAGACAGGUGCGUGAUAUCUCGAGGAGCUUGUGUUACUGGAUCGCAGGCUACCUUGUCAAGCUGCUUCAGGAGGAAAAGCAACGCUGGGAGAUGCCCGCCAUGGCGUUCUUGUUUGAGCUCCUGGUCUACCCUAACGUAAGGUGUUGGGGUGACCGCAUCCUGCAGCUCGUCCCAAUGUACCUGCAGAGCAAGUGCAGAGUGAUGCGUCGCCUGGUGCUCAGAGGCCUCCUGGUGCUCUGCAAGACACCCUUGAUGCUCAGAAGAAUGCGGCCCCUGCUGCGAAGGCUCACAGAGCUACUGAUGGAUGCAGACGGGGAGGUGGUUGGGAUGACCCUCUCUGUGCUCAGCAAGGUGCUCUGGGCCACAGGCAUCCCAAUUGCCAGCUCCAUCACUCUGCAGCUGGCUGAGAGGCUCCGGCCACUCUUUGACAGCGACGCCAACCAUGUGCAACUGCUCUCCAUGCACCUCUUCCGAGAUGUGAUGGAGUUUGUAGUGGAAGAGGGAAAAAAGCCGCUGAAGCAGCACGUGCACCAGAGCCUGAUCCCACUGCUCUGCCACUUGCAUGAUGAGAACCAGCGCGUGGCAGAGGCCUCUCGGGAAACCCUGCUUCAAGCUACCAAGUUCCUGAAGAACAGGAAGCUCCAGCAGCUGCUGGAGAGGGAGCAGACAUGGGUGGUUGGCAAGUGCCUGCUGGCAGAGUACAGCAGCAGAGUGGACGAGUACCUGCAGCAGUCCCUGCUGUAUCUGCAGAGCCCACAGGCAUCCAUGCGAGAGGCGGCCAUCAGGUUCCUUGGGCUCGCCGGGCGGCACGUGACGCAUCAGCAGGUGAAGCGCCAGGUCAUCUACAAGGCCCUUCAAAGCACGACAAAAGACGUCAGCCUCUCCGUCUCAAGCCUGGCAACUCAAACCCUAUUCCUGCUAAGAGCCGCAGAGAGAAAUCCCCCCUCCAGAAGGCUGCCGGUGCUGCAAGAGCGAUUCCGCAGGGCGUGGAGGAGGUGGCCUUCUCUCUGGGACAAUGGCUUCCUGUGCUGCUGGAGCUCUGUGCAGAGCUGAUCCCGGGAGCUCCAUGUGCUGGGGCCACCUGAGCCUGCGGGGAAGGCUGGGUGGCUCCUGGCCUCUCCCUGCCCGGGGAUCAGCUCUUCUCUAAGAGCGCUUUCU